ACUACUACCUCCGUCCCAGAGUAUUUGUCCAGUUUCAUUUUUACACAUCAUCCAAUACACUUCUUUAAUCCAUUUUAUCUUGUAAUUUGUAUAUUAAAAAAUUAUAGAAAUUAUAUAUUAAUAAUCUAUAUGUUAAGACAAAUCAAACAAGAUCACACAUGACUAUAUUUAGGCUUAUACAUUGAGAGAAUUUGAUGAGUCAAAGUGCUUAGAUGAACAGUUCCAAAAGUCAAAACUGGACGAAUACUCCGGGACGGAGGGAGUAUGUACUACUACCGGUAUUAAUAAAAUCUUCCCGUUGGCAUGGUACAACCGAAAAAGAGUUCAAAUGGAGGGCAAACCUUAAAACUCGCCUCUGCUGGGAAAAUGGGUUUAUGCGUCAUCAUGUAUGGACCAUCUUCCCAACCUGUUGAGAUUAUGUAAGAACAUUCACAACAAUGAAAAAUGCAUCGGCCACCGCCAAAUUAUACACCUUCCCACUGGAUGAUGCUGGUAAAAUCGCCAGCCGUUUUGCGGCACAACUUCAGCUGUGCACCGCUAACAUACACAGUCCUGCUACGUCUUCUCACGUCAGAACCAUCCACGCUCACAUGAUCACUUCCGGGUUCAAGCCCCAUGGGUACAUCCUCGACCGCCUCAUUGAUCUCUAUUGUAAGUCCUCGAACCUCUCUUACGCAAGACAAGUGUUUGACAAAAUUCCCCAACCGGAUGUGUUUGCAAGAACGACCAUGAUUGCUGCGUAUUCUGCUUCCGGUGACCUCAAGAUGGCUUCACAUGUUUUUCGUAAUGCUCCUUUAAGCAUUCGUGAUACUGUUAUCUAUAAUUCUAUGAUAACUGGGUACUCGCAUCACAAUGAUGGCCAUGCUGCCAUAAAUCUCUUUAGUGACAUGAAAAGAAAGAACUUUAAGCCUGACCAGUACACAUACACUAGUGUGCUUGCAGCUUUGGCACUUAUAGCUGAAUGUGAAUUGGAUUGCCAGCAGUUUCAUUGUGCUGUCAUCAAGUCUGGAACUGGGACAGUUACAUCGGUGGUGAAUGCCCUUAUGUCGGUGUAUGUUAGAUGCGCAUUUUCUCCAUUGGCAUCUUCAGUACUUCUAAUGGACUCAGCUAAGAAGCUAUUUGAUGAGCUUCCCAAGAGGGAUGAGUUGUCAUGGACAACGAUCAUUGUCGGCUUUAUAAAGAAUGAUAAUGUUGAUGCUGCACGGAAAGUGUUUGAUGGGAUGGAUGAGAAGUUACUUGUGGCAUGGAAUGCAAUGAUUUCAGGGUAUGUGCAUAAGGGUUUUGUCUCCGAAGCAUUAGAACUUUUUAGACAAAUGUACUUGCUAGGAAUUAGAUACGAUGAAUUUACAUACACGAAUGUUAUCAGUGCAUGUGCGGAUGCUAGAUUAUUUCUCCAUGGAAAGCAGCUACAUGCUUACAUCAUAAGGAUGGAAACCAAAGCUAAAGAUCAUUUCCAUGUGUCAGUAAAUAACGCUUUGAUGACACUAUAUUGGAAAUGCAGUAGAGUUGAUGGUGUUAGGAAAAUAUUUGACCUGAUGAUCACUAAGGACCUGAUCUCGUGGAACACAGUUUUGUCUGCCUAUGUGAGUGCAGGACAAGUAAAUGAAGCUAAAUUGGUUUUUUCUGAGAUGCCAGAGAAGAACUCCUUAACAUGGACAGUGAUGAUAUCUGGAUGUUCACAAAAAGGGCUUGGGGAAGAAGGUUUGAAGCUAUUCAACCAAAUGAAAUUAAAUGGAUUUGAGCCAUGCGACUAUGCUUUUGCAGGAGCCAUUACAUCUUGUGCAGUUCUGGCUGCAUUAGAAACUGGGCGCCAACUCCAUACUCAGAUUAUUCGGCGUGGAUUUAUUUCAAGCCUCUCUGCUGGAAAUGCACUAAUUACAUUCUAUGGGAGAUGUGGAGCCAUUGAGGAUGCACUGUGUCUCUUUCAAAGGAUGCCAUGGCUUGAUUCAGUGUCUUGGAAUGCAAUGAUUGCUGCCCUGGGGCAGCAUGGUCAGGGUACACAUGCAAUUGAACUUUUUGAAGAGAUGUUGGAAGAGAACAUAACUCCUGACCGUAUAAGCUUUCUUACUAUUCUAUCUGCAUGUAGUCAUGCAGGGUUUAUAAAAGAAGGACAACAUUAUUUUAAUUUAAUGCAUACCAGGUAUGGAAUAAGCCCAGGAGAAGAUCACUAUGCUCGCUUAAUUGAUUUGUUGUCUCGAGCCGGAAGGUUCUCAGAAGCAACAAAUGCGAUCCAGGAUAUGCCUUAUAAGCCUGGGGCACCCAUUUGGGAAGCUCUUCUUUCUGGUUGCCGGCUUCAUGGAAAUAUUGAGCUGGCGGUGCAAGCUGCAGAUAAACUAUUUGAAUUGGUUCCACAACAUGAUGGGACCUACAUACUUAUGGCUAACAUGUUUGCAUCUGCGAGCAGAUGGAGUGAGGCUGCCAGUAUACGAAAGUUAAUGAGGGAACGGGGAGUCAAGAAGGAGCCUGCCUGUAGUUGGAUUGAGGUUGAAAACAAAGUCCAUGUAUUUUUGGUGGAUGAUAUGAAGCAUCUUGAAAUUCAAGCAGUUUACAACUAUCUGGAGGACUUAACAGCAAGGAUGAGGAAAGCUGGAUAUGUUCCUGAUACAAAAUAUGUGUUGCAUGAUACGGAGAUUGAACAAAAGGAGAAUGCCUUGUCAUCUCACAGUGAAAAACUUGCAGUUGUGUUUGGCCUCUUGAAGCUACCUCAUGGUGCCACAAUUAGGGUAUUCAAGAACAUUCGAAUAUGUGGGGACUGCCACAAUGCAUUAAAGUUAAUUUCAAAGCUAGAGGAAAGACAGAUUAUUGUGAGAGAUGGCAAGAGGUUCCAUCAUUUCAGAGAUGGUGAAUGUUCAUGUGGUAACUACUGGUGAUCAGAGAUGCUGAAUGAAUUAUAAAAACUGUGUCUCUGGACAUAAUGAUGUGAACAAUCUGAAAGAAUUGAUGGAGGGCAUAAAGUAGAUAUACUGGAAGUCUGACGCUUUGUCUGUUAUUCAUUGUGCAUUUGAGGUUAUCUCUCUUCCAGUUCCGUCCACAUCCACCAGCGCAAUCUUCAUUGGAAAAUCAGUUUUGUGCUCCCGUCGUUUCGGCUGUUGACCAUAAGAGGUUUUGGACUUCUAGUUUUUUCCUUUGGAUAUUUGUGACCAUUAAACAUGUGGAUUAUUUUUUCCUCUGGAAUAACAGUUUACAUGCGCACCACUAUGUGCUCUACUCAGACAAGGCUUUUCUGUGUGGAAAAAGUGGUUAUGUUCUCAACCAAUUAUUUUACGGUCAGUUCAGACUUCCAUAAUCCAUUAUUUAAGGAAGCAAUAAUUUUUUUUCUGUAUCUUCACUUAAUUUGCAGGCUUCCUUCAAAAGGAUUAGUAGACUUUUUUAUAGUGAGAAAUCUGAUUAUCUAAGGUAACAGCUGAAUGAGGGAAGACUGGUAUGAGCUGGUAUCUUCAGAUGCCAGGUAAUAUUGAAGGUGGUUCAUGCCUCAACAUUUUCAUCACAUUUGUUAUUUGUUCGAUUCUCGGAUAUGCUGUUGUUCAUGUUACAAGAGCUCCACGAACGAGGACUUAUCUUGGGAUGUUGUGCUGCAGGAAACUUGGGCAACAUGCUCAUUAUUAUAAUUCCUGCGGUAGCCCAUUUGGUGAUCCUGAGUUUCUGGCAUUUGCCGUACUUUUGGAAUGGGCUAAUAUGAGUUUCUGAAUAUGUGGCAUAACCUGAACCUACUUAUUUUUAUGAGUUUUUCAUUGUAUGUCCCAAUAGUGUGUCUGAUACUAAUAGUUUCAUAUGAUUGGUUAGAUUAUAUAGAGCAUUAUCUCAUAAAGUGCACCAUGUUACCAUGAAAUAUUAUACCUAGAUCUAUGUGAACGCUCAGCUUUAUAUGUGAAUUAAAUAAUCAUUAACAAGUUAACAAUUCACAUAAAUGAAUAAAGACAAUUUUG